UUAAAUUUUCUUUAUUGAUAACUGCUACUAUUGUCACUUCACUGUCAGUAGUGCGUUCAUUCACAUAACUUAUAUAAAUUCUUAUAUGCAUAUCUAUUAUUCUAAGUUUAAUUGUUUUCCAUUCAGAUAAACGCAUAUACACUUUUGUUGUCAAUUUUAAACAACUUCGAGAUAUUCGUAUUCUAUCAUGACAGCUCUUCCGCAUCUUCAGAAGCAGUUACGUGAGAUGACGACUAACCCCCCGGCUGGUUUUCGUAUCGAAGUUGACAAAAAUAUUUACCAGUGGACGGUGUGGUUUGCUGGGCCCCAGGACACGCCGUAUGAAGGCGGCCAGUACAAAGCCCAUUUGUAUUUCACCAAAGAGUUCCCGAUGGAGCCCCCCAGCUUCCGUAUUGAGUCGAACUUUUGGCAUCCCAAUGUAUAUUUAGAUGGCCGUGUGUGCAUUUCAAUUUUGCACCCCCCCGGGGUGGAUGAGAUGAAUGCUGAGGAGAGCGCUAUGAUGCGCUGGACGCCGGUCCAGACAAUUCGCUCGGUGUUGAUCUCCAUCAUCUCUCUGCUGAGCGAUCCCGACCCUAAGGAUUCGGGCGCACCGGCCAACGUGGAUGCCCUGGUGAUGUAUCGCAAGGAUCGCGGCCUCUUUAACACACGGUGUAAAGAGUUGGCCCAGAAGUCCCUGCAGGAGCUGCCCCCCAAUUACGUCCCACCGGUCAUGGAUGAGAGAGCGGAGCCCCCGCAGACGGAUCAUCCGUACUAUAAGGGUCUAGUGGAUGAGGAGGAUGACGUGGAUGAGUUUGAUUUGAUUCCGUCUCCAUCGGGCUCCGUAUCCGGCCCGGAGCGCUACCGCGAGGAGCUUCAACAGCUUCGUGCGAUGAACAUUGAUACCACGCUUAGUGAUGAUGAACUUUUACAUCUUCUGACGGAAUGCCGUGGUGAUAUUGCAACUGUUCUGGAGAAGUUGUUUAGCUGA